UGUAAUUUUGCGAAGCGUAGGCUGGUGCGACGAACUCUUUCCCAGAUUUUCAGGGAGAUCUCCAGCUGCCGGCUGCCGCGGGAGCCCUGACUCACGCUGUCACGCCCAAUCCCAAAACCUAUUUAUAAUCGUGAAAAAAUAAAAAUCAUCUCCGAAUUCAGAGCCUUGUUUUAUUUGGGAUUUUAAAUUUUUGCGUGCACAUAUUAUAGCCUAUAACCUAGGUUACGCGUUGCCGAGGGGGCAGACUCUCCGGCAACUCUACCACAGUCGUCAAUUUCCGAAUUCUUUGUUGGUUCCAGAUGAUGAGCAGAAAAACCAGUAGCAGCUGCGGUAUAUGUGAGUGUUCAAAUCAUGCUUCUAUUUGCGCGGUUUGUGUCAAUUACAGAUUGAAUGAGUACCACAAUGGGUUAAAAUCGUCAAAGAGUCGCCGGGAUUUCUUGUAUGCAAGAUUGAGUGAAGUGCUGGUGGCAAAGGGGAAGGCAGAUGAUCAAACUAAUUGGAGAGUAGUUCACAAUGAUAAGCUUGUGAAAUUGAGGGAGAAGCUUCGUUCUAAUAAAAAGCAACUUGUGCAAGGCAAGGCUAAGAUUGAGAAGAUGUCCCAUGAUAUAAAAGCUAAAUAUGGGGUGCUUGAAUCAGCCCUUUCUACGUUGGGAAAGCAUCGCGUGGAACAACUGGAAAAGUUCUAUCCUAACCUAAUUUCCACUCAGACCUUGGGGCACAUGGCAAUCACUGCUGAACGCCUUCAUAAACAGUCUGUGGUUGUAAAGCAAAUAUGCAAAUUGUUCCCCCUACGUCGGGUGGUCAUAGAUGGUGAAAGAAAAGAUGGAUCUACUGGUCAAUAUGAUCAAAUUUGCAAUGUACGAUUACCAAGAGGACUUGAUCCUCACUCUGUUGUGUCAGAAGAGCUUGCUGCAUCUCUGGGAUACAUGGUGCAACUUCUGAAUCUUGUUGCUCAAAACUUGGCUGCUCCAGUUCUUCAUAACUCUGGUUUUGCAGGUUCUUGCUCUCGAAUAUGGCAACGAGAUUCUUAUUGGGAUGCGUGCCCAUCAUCUAGAAGCAAUGAAUACCCCCUUUUUAUACCACGCCAAAUUUAUUGUUCUGCUAGUGGGGAAAAUUCAUUGUCCGAUAGAAGCUCCAAUAAUUUUGGUGUUGCUUCAAUGGAAUCUGAGAGGAAGCCACGCCUGGAUUCUUCUGGUGGUAGUAGCUUUAAUUAUUCUUCUGCUUCUGUGCAUUCUGUUGAAACACACAAGGACUUGCAGAAAGGGAUUUCACUUCUCAAGAAAAGCGUGGCAUGCAUUACGGCAUACUCUUUUAAUUCACUAUGUUUGGAUGUCCCAUCUGACACAUCUACUUUUGAAGCAUUUGCAAAGUUAUUGGCCAAACUGUCUUCGUCCAAGGAAGUUCGAUCUGUUUUCUCUGUAAAAAUGGCUUGUUCGAGGUCAUCUAAACAAGUUGAGCAAUUGAAAAAAUCUGUAUGGAAUGUGAAUUCUGCCAUUUCCUCAACCACUCUAUUGGAAAGUGCACAUACACGGCCUACUAUGAGAAACAUUUCUGAUAACCUUCCAAAUUCUGCUGCCAGUUUUCUAUAUGCCACCGAGUUGUCUGAUGUUGGAAGGAACGAAUGCCUCAUUGAUGGAUGGGAUAUUGUGGAGCAUCCCACUUUUCCUCCUCCUCCAUCACAAACUGAGGAUAUUGAGCACUGGACUCGAGCCAUGUUCAUUGAUGCUACAAAGAAAUGAUCUACUUUAUGUACAGGGAAGAAGACGCCCAACAAGAGCUGAAGAUGGCAUGGAGGGCCAACCUGCAAAACUUCAGUAACAUGUUUGGCCUUUAUCCUUUUACCUGUAAAUAGAGAGAGUAUUCAAUAGCAUGUAUAUAUGACCACUAUUGAAACUCAUUCAUGAUUAUCUUUGUUGCCCAGUUAUACUCUGCA